AUGUCGCGGGCGUUGUGCAGCUUGGGAAAGGAUAGUUUGUUUAGUUUUUACUGCCGUUGUGUGCAGUUUUUUCCUCAUCCGUCGAAGCAGGAAAGUGGUGGGGAGGAUGCCUUUCUUUCUUUGGUUGGGGUCCAAGCUGUAUUAGACGGGGUGAGCUGGUGGAAGGAACAUACUGCUGUGGAUGCGGGACUGUAUAGUGCGGCUCUUGCGCGAGCCAUGUAUGCUUACGUUGAGGAGGAAUUGUUGGGGGACAACCCACCUUCCUCUUUUGCGGUUUUACAGCGGGCGUACGAUAUUUGUAAGUCUGACGAGAUUGAAGGAACUGCAACAGCGUUGGUGGCAACACUUCAGACCCCAACUGCGGAUGAGGUUGCCUUAAUGGGCUUGCGAGAUAGGCAGAAGAAUUGUAUUUUAGAUGUCUGUAGUGUUGGGGAUUGUACUGCGCUGGUUGUUCGGCGAGGCAGGGUUGUUUUCAUGACGGAAGAACAAACACAUGACUUGGACUUUCCGUACCAGUUGGGGCGAGGUAGCAGUGACACGCCUUCUCGUGGACUGAAGUACCGUUUUCCCGUGGAGUGUGGUGAUUUACUUUUUCUGGGUAGCGAUGGUGUUUUUGAUAACGUUUUUCCAUGUCGUGCCGCGGAACUAGUGUGGUCACCACUCAAUGAAGUUUGCUCACGGCAUUCACCGGGAGUGCUGGCGACACCGCGGACAGGGAGACGGAUCGAGUUCUUUGAGGACUUGACGCGCGCCAUCGCGAAGGGCUCUGAGGAUGUUGUACGGGAGGCGCGAAACUGCGCGAGGGAACUUCAUGUUGACACCCCAUAUGCACGCAAGGCGGUGGCGGGCGGCGCCUACUACGAGGGCGGGAAACAGGACGACAUGACAUUUUUGGUUUCUAUCAUUGGCGAUAUGGACUCGGACUCCGGCGAACGCACCAUCCGCAGCGCCGUGAUAAACCCGUACCCGUACCGUGACUGGCCAUGA